AUGAAUCUCUCAUUCCUCAGUAGUUGCUAUGCAUCAGGGCGAGCUGGCCCAGCGCUAGGCAGAUUUGCAACAAGCACAGAAAGCCGUGCCCCACGAUGGGUGACUAAGCACGCAUACAGCGUGCAUUUUCGUGCUCCUCCUCGUGCACCCGCCUAUUGCUUCAAUGGGCUUGGCACAAAGGCGGCCGUCGAGCCGCCAUUUACACCACUGGAGUUCAACAUCUCCAGAGAGCAGUUUCUCGCCGCUCGUGCUGCCGUUCCUGGCACUCCAGAGUCUCACUGGUCAUAUACCAUGUACCAUCGAAAUGGUGAGAAGGGGGCCGUUGACAACGUCAAGGUCCAUUAUUGUGAAAGUAAAGCCACCAUGGAGCGGGUGUGCACAGAGUAUUUCCUAGACCAAGAUGUCAUUGGCCUGGAUCUAGAGUGGAUGGCAUACGCCAGGACGGCGGAUGGGCCGCGACGCAACGUCUCUCUCAUUCAGAUCGCGAGCCCGAGUCGCAUUGCCUUGUUUCAUAUAGCAGUAUUCAAGUACGGUGCAGACCUUGUGCCGCCGUCGUUUCGCAAAAUCAUGGAGGAUCCCAAAGUGAGCAAAGUCGGCGUCAACAUCGGGCCAGACUGCACGCGUCUCAAGAACCACCUCGGCGUCAAUGUCCAAGGCAUAUUUGAAUUGAGCCAUCUCUACAGGAUCGUCAAGCAUUUCCCGCACGAGCGCCGCUUGAUCCACAAGGGACUGGUAUCGCUGGCUACUCAGGUCCAAGACCAAUUACUGCUUCCUUUAUACAAGGGAGAGAUUGACUAUUCCGCAUCCGACGCCUAUGCCGGUCUCCAGCUUUACUACGUACUUGAAGAGAAGCGAAAGAUGCUCGUCCCUUGUCCUCCCAGACCACAUCAUGCGGAGCUGCGGCUGCCUAUUUCUCUUCCUGAUCCCCCAGAAGAAGCCAAGAAGAAAGCUGAUGAGGCUGCUGCUCUAAUAGCAGACCCCAAUGAAACAAAUGCCAUCUCUAAACCUAAGACUCCCAGACCUAGGAUUCCUAAACCUAAAGUUCCAUCAACAGAGAUCACAACUACAGAGGUCACAACGACAGAAAUUACAACAGCAAAAGUUUCAACAGCAGGAGUCACAACAGAAGCUUCGGCAACAAAAGCCCCUACACCAUCUAGAGCAAGAUCAAGACGCUCAUUGCCCAAAUCCAUACCCGUCGAUACUAGAGAUGCGCGGGUCAUUGCAGCCGAGGUGCAAAUGAAAGAAUAUCGUGCGGCCAAAACGACCGAGCUCAAAACACCCGCGCCAUGUCUUAGAGCAUACUACAUUUGGCAUCGAAACGAGGACCUCUGUCCUGGCGACAUCGCAGCGCUCCUGCGAGAACCGCCACUACUGACCAGCACUGUUGCGCAUUAUGUGCUUGACGCUAUAAAGGCCGAGAACCUGCCUUAUCCCGUACUUAGAUUACACAAAGAAGUGCUCCCUCACGUUGACUUGAGCAGGUCAUUUUGGGCUAAGCAUGCAUCAUUGGUUCAAGAAUGUACAAAAUUAGCAGACGAGAUGAAACGGGGUAUAGAGAAAGCAAACGAGACACACGAAUGA